AUGUCGUCGCCGAAGCUGCUGGCAACGCUGCUGGCCAUAUUCCUCUCUUUUACGUCUAUUUCUGCUGGGCCUUGUAAGCCCCAAUCCUCUCUUUCUGAGUCUACCACUACCACCUUGGGCGCUGAGACCGCCUUCGGGCUGUCUAGUAGCACCGCGUCACUUCCAACAUCCUUUACUAAGAGUGUUGUCUCGUCCGUCGAGGUUGCAGAUUCCACCACCACAUAUCCAACAACUGACAUCAGAAAUCUUGGUACGACCACGGCCGACGGGACCACUGCUGCUGGUCUGCCGGUGACCACGACCGAUGCUACCAAUAUUCCCACUACAACUACUGAAGCUACUGGUACUUGCACACUAGGUCCCAUGCUUGAUCCACAGCCAAAUUAUCAUCUUGAAUUUACUAUCGGUGUUGAAACAUGUUACCAUUUGGACCGUUCAUACCGUUGGAGGCUGGGUGGAGGUGCCAGUAAUGGAUUCAACCCUUGGGUACUCACAACGGAUGGUGGUGAAUUCUUCAGCGUCCAGAAUAACGGUCACGUUUCUUACAGGCGUGGUUAUGUUAUUGCCCAAGAGCCAGGCACUGACAAUAUUGGUGGUAUCUCUGACAGUGACACGGCAAGAGCCAGCUGGACAAGGCUUACUUGCAAAGCUUUCACCACCUCGAAUGCCCCAUUUGUCUAUAUGACAUGCGUCGGAGAUGGGCCCGAGAACUCUAUAUUCCAGAUCUGUCAACUGUCACCCAAUGGUCCACUAAGCCUAUUACUUUCCUCAUCAGUCUCGCCUGGAUGUACUGAAGCACGGCUAUUUGCUGCUGACUCUUAG